AUGCAGACCAUGGUUUCCAGUGAGUACAAGCUGAACCAGGGACCGGACGAUGGCAUCUCCGCUGUCAAGUUCAGCCCCUGCAACUCUCAGUUCCUGCUGGUUUCCUCCUGGGACUGCACGGUCCGUCUCUACGACGUUGUGGCCAACACCAUGAGGAUGAAGUACCAGCACUCGGCCCCGGUUCUCGACUGUGCUUUCUAUGACCCAACACAUGCUUGGAGUGGAGAUCUGGAACACAAAUUAAAAAUGCACGACUUGAACACGGACCAAGAUACAGUGGUGGGAAAGCACGACGCUCCCAUUCGCUGCGUGGAGCACUGCCCCGAGGUGAACGUCAUGGUGACGGGGAGCUGGGACAUGUCCGUUCGACUGUGGGACCCGAGGGCACCCUGCAACGCCGGCACCUUCACACAACCUGAUAAGGUGUACACCAUGUCCGUGGCGGGCGACAGGUUGAUCGUGGGCACGGCAGGAAGACGCGUGCUGGUCUGGGACUUAAGGAACAUGGGCUACGUGCAGCAGAAGCGGGAGUCAAGCCUCAAGUUUCAGACCCGCUGCAUCCGGGCCUUCCCCAACAAGCAGGGCUACGUCUUGAGUUCCAUCGAGGGCCGCGUGGCCGUGGAGUACCUGGAUCCGAGCCUGGAGGUUCAGAAGAAGAAGUACGCCUUCAAGUGCCACAGGCUGAAAGAGGACGGAAUGGAGCAAGUUUACCCCGUCAACGCCAUCUCUUUCCACAGUCUGCACAACACUUUCGCUACAGGCGGCUCUGACGGCUUCGUCAACAUCUGGGACCCGUUCAACAAGAAGCGCCUGUGCCAGUUCCACCGCUACCCCACCAGCAUCGCCUCGCUGGCCUUCAACAACGACGGCAGCAUGGUCGCCAUCGCCUCGUCCUACAUGCACGAGAUGGGCGACGUCAGCCACCCGGAGGACGCCGUCUUCAUCCGCCAGGUCACAGACGCCGAGACCAAGCCCAAGUGAGUCCCUGCACUGGCGCGGCGCUCGUCUAUCUCGGAUCUUUUUUUUUACGAUCUAUAUUUUUGUCUUUUUGAAAAGUGUUUUAGCACAAACGGUGCAGGACAAAGACUCAAAAGCUUACAAGCAGUUCCAGCAGAUUUAGUUGAUUCCUCUCGUUUUUUUGUGGUUCACAUAAGUCCACCUUUUUUUGAUGGCAUCCACUUGAACUUUUUAUGUUUGUCUUUCUCUCAAAAGCAGCAGUUUGUCCCUUUCUUCCUCUGUGUCCGUCAUUAAAAAUGCUUUUGAUAAGUUUUCUUUGA